CUGCUGUUAUCAUUAAAUUACGAAGUACAUGGGGGCUUGUGAAGUGAUAACGGUAUAUGUCACAUGGAAUGCGUGCUGCAUGGCGAAUUGUUCGUGCUUGAGAGAUUGUGAAUGGGAUGUUGCAAUAGUGGGGGCGCUUGUCGUACAAUGGGAUUUUGGGUAUUACUUAUACAUGCGCAUCGUAGAUUUUCGCUCAUUGCUUUUUUUAGAUGUUAACCUUUCGGUGAUUGACACAUCACUUUCGGUUUAUGAGCAACAAGAGAAUAUGUCGAACUCAGAAUCUACAUCAAAUGAUGUGAAUUUGAAAAGCACUCAUACCUCCGAUAAUGAAGCUCAACAAGUUACACACGAGUACAUAAAACGUAGCACUCCCAUCAUCAAAUCCCCCCCAAAAGAAAAUAAGGCAUAAAACAGGAAGCUAACAACCACAAAGCAAAAUGGUACCGAAGUUCCUUCUACAACGCUCUCAUCCUCCGAGUCUGCAACUUCCUCGCCCCCGGAAUCUUGGGAGCAAUGAACCCCCUCGGCGCAGGCGGCGCCCAAAAACCAUACCUCGUGAACACCGCAAACGCCCUAACAUUCUGCCUCAUGGUCGUAUCCUGCUAUUUCUCACCCACGCUCGUCCGUAUGAUCGGAAUCAAAUACGCGCUCCUCUUCGGUACCCUCGGGUACGCACCCUACGCCGCGGGUCUCUACACCAACAACCGCUUCGGAACCGAGUGGUUCGUUCUCUUCGGUGCGGCGUGUUGUGGGAUCAGUGCGGGUGUGUUUUGGAUGGCGGAGGCGGCUAUUGCUUUGGCCUACCCGGAACCCGAGAAUCAGGGCAAGUUUCUGGGGUUCUGGUUGAGUUUUCGGGUUGGGGGGGCAGGUGGUGGGUGGUGCGAUCAAUCUGGGACUUAAUGCGAAGGCGAAUAAGGCGGGAAAGGUGUCUUAUAAUGUUUACCUUGCUUUUAUUGCCUUGCAGGCUGUUGCGCCGCUUGCGGCUUUGCUUUUGAAUAAACCUGAGAAGGUGCAGAGGACUGAUGGCGUGAAGGUUAGGUUGGCGAUAACGGAGGGUUCUAUUUAUGAGUUGAAGGCUACGACGAGGUUGCUUUUUAGUCGUAACUUUUUGCUUAUUAUUCCUCUUAUUGCGCAAGGUGUUUAUACUGAGGCUGUUAUAUUUACGUUUCAAUCUCUUUGGUUUAGUGUGAGAGCCAGAGCUCUGGGGUCGUUCGUUCCGGGGAUUGCGGCUGUUAUUUCUGGGAAUCUGUUGGGUACGUGGUUGGAUCGGCAGAAGAUAGCUUUGAGGACCUGGGCGAGAGGCGCUUUUGUGGUCAUCUUGACUCUGCAGGGUGCGUGGUGGAUUUGGGCAACUAUUCUCGUGAACGACUUUCAUAAGAGUAGACCGACCUAUGAUUGGGUGGAUGCUGGGUUUGGAAAGGGAUUCGCCCUAUUUUUGAUGUGGGUUGCUGGAUUCCAGUUAAAUUACAUGUAUCUGUAAGUCCCCUUCUCCUCAUAUCUAAAUCGACCAGUAUUAAUGUUUUGCGUCAAGAUAUUUUGUUGUUGGAGAACUCGCCGGAACUCCAGAAGAACUCAUUCGUAUUGCGGGAUUGUUGAGAGCUGUUGAGUCAGCUGUGCAAGCAGUGAGCGUUAGUUGCACCCGAAUACCUUUAAUCAAUAUACAUGGCUAACAUUCUUCAGUACGGUCUCAAUAGUAUCCCAAUCAUUGCUGAUAUUGGAGGUGCCUACCUCAACUUUUGCCUCUGGGGAAUUUCUCUCCUGCCUGGUUGGUUGGUUAUAAAGGAAAUAGGCGUGAGCUUGGGUGAUAAAAGGUGGAGAGAGAGCGGGUAGAGAGCGAAACUGAAGUUUCUGAUGUCAAGAGCAACUAGACGUUCAGUUAUUUGUAGACUUUCGGCGUUGGACACAGAUAUUUAAGUAUCAGAACAUUGGUUCCGAAGUUGGUAUAUGAUAGAUAUAAAACAUGAGUUUGUAGGUUAGAACGCUCUGGAGAUCUGGAUAUGCGAGCAAAGAGUCUGUUAACAAAUAUGGGAAACGUUGGGUCAUAUAGCUAGCUAUGUGACUCCCAUAACCUGUGAUACCUUCUCCGUAUCAACAUAAAUA